AUGGGCUCUGUACAACCAAAGUCUCCAACGUUUGGGCUGGCACCAGGGCGAGUCGUUGAGACAACAUGGGAUCAAAAAUACAUCAAGUUUCAGUGGCGAAGAACAGAAGGAAUAAAACAUUAUACUUUGGUCGUCAGAAAUGUUUUGGACAAGACCAAAGAAAUAAUUCAUAAAGAUUUUCCUGAAAAUAAAUGCCAACAUCGGAGGGAGUUGAAAGAAGAAUUGAGAAUCGGUCAAACUUGUGAAAUUAGGCUCAAAAUAUUUUGUCCGAAUGAUGUUGUGAAAGAUUCACAAUGGGAGACCUGUAUCAUUGGGGGACCUAAAGUCCCACGAAAUCCUACUGCGAUGGUGAACCUUGAGAAACCAACAAGAAGCCUACAUGCCCAAUGGAUGGAGCCAGAGAUGAAGCCAGACCAUUAUGAAGUCGUAUGUAUACCUGCAACUGGGAAAAUAAAAACUCAAAAAUGUUUCAAGACUAACACUACGUUCAACAGACUAAAAACCAACACGAAUUAUCGCAUAUUAGUUCGUGCAGUUUAUGCUGAUGAUCGUGGUCAUGAUUCUGAAACAAACAUAGUCAGCACUCAUGCAAAGCCAAGUGCUACUCUGACGACGCAGUACAGCCAUAUUCAUAGCAGAAGCAUCAGAAUAGAAAAGCCGACAACAGUGAAUCACAGUCAAGUGACAAAUGUCAGAAAAGAUGAUUUUGACAAACCACGCAACGUUGAAACAAAAAUGUCAACGAAUGAUGGAGGCAUUGAAAUGGCAACUGUUAGUUGGGAACCUCCCGGCUUUUCAGGAGAGUCCGAUGAUUAUGAGAUUCUACAAUAUGAUGUUAAAGUGCUACAAGACGGCCAUACGAUGUUCACUAAACAUCUCACCGACCAAUCUUGUACAGAAAAAUUUCUUAUCAAUUUGGGUAAAUGUUAUACUGUGCAUAUAAAAACAAAAUAUGAAGAAAUCGAUACAGAGAAGAUAAUUGAAGCAGAUUUAAAGACUGUUUUUCAUUCAAGGCCUACAGAACCUAAUGUUAGAGUCGGAGUUGACAAGCAGAAAGUGCUGGUACGAUGGGACAGUUCUCGGGGUGCUGAACGAUACGAAUUAAAAAUAUUUGAGUCCGAAAGUAAAAGGCAAAUCGAAUACCAGGAAAUCAGCAAAUCACUGACAAAGCACACAAAACCGAUUGGCGAUUUUAAUCUUGGAACUUAUUACACCUUCCAAGUCACUGCCCAUGGUAAAGACAAUCGGUACACCACAAAAACUAUAAACUAUUUAAUAGGUGGCGGCUCCAUACCAAGAAUGGCGAAGGCUUUCUUGAACAAAGAAAAGCCGACAGAGUGUGUUGACCUCAGAUGGGAAGCUCCGGAGGAAUCGAUUCCUUCACAUUAUCUCGUGAAAGAGGCAAAUAGACCCGACAUGACGAUAAAAGUCAAUGCAACUAGCUGUUCAUUAGACGGAUUGAAGAGUGGUCUCCCACAUCAGUUCAGUAUCAUCGCGGUCUACAAUAGUUCUAAAAGUGAUGGAUGCCUCACGAAUGAGGUUACAACAGAUCCAAGACCAUCAUAUGCCCAGAAUCUUCAGAUAAAGCUAGAUGAUCAGCACCCUGAUAAGAUGAUCGUUUGUAAAUGGGAUGAAACCCCCAAUGCCACGAUGUAUAAAAUACAAGCGAUGUCAGAUGGUUUUCUACAAGAACAUGUAAUAAAGAAUCUGCAGUUCAAAUUCGAAAAUUUACCUCCUGACACGGAAUUCAGAAUAUCAGUGAAAGCUGGUAAUAAAAGCGGUUACGGAAAAGAUUCUCAGGACAAAAUAAAAACAGAAAUUUGGGUUCCGGCAGACAUUUCAUUGCAUGCUGAUGGAGACAAUUCACUGACAGUGCAACUAAAUCAAGCCAGACAUGGAUUGCAAAACAUUGUUUCACUUUUUGAAGCAAGAAAUGAUGUUUAUGUUGAAGAAAAGUCAACACAUGAAAGCGUUUGCAGAUUCGACAAAGUUAAGAACAACACAACAUAUUUUGUCAAAGUACAAACUGUGAAUGGUGUAAGAAAAAGUAGAAUCACAAGAUCAAAGAAUAUUCUAACAAGACCAAAAGCAUCUGUCAUUAAGAGCCUGGAUUUGUGCAGUGGAAAUCAGUCCACAGAUAUCAAUAUUGAAUGGGAAUUACAAAAUGGAAUCUUGUAUUAUGAAAUCGAAAUCCAAACUAACCAGGAGAUCGAGAAUAUUCUCAAAGUAACAAAUACUAACCGGUGCAAAUACCGAUGCCUACAGGAAGGCAAUGAAUACACAGUGCGAGUGAGAGCGGCUAACACGUUUGAGUUCGGAGAAUGGUGUGAAAGGAGCUCUAUUCUUCUGGCACCGCCAAAGAUUUCCGGGCUUACUGCUGAAGUAAUUGGAAAUAAAAUUGUUGUUGAAUGGGAGGAAUUACCCUGCAACAUUCCCUUUUAUUUGAUCCAAGUUUUUGUUGGAGAAAGACUGGAUGAGAAGGUUCACGAGGAAAAUAUUGACAUAAGAAAAUUUGAAUUAAUUGAACCUUUGCCCUGCACAAAGCACAAGUUUGUUGUUUCUGCGUACAACAUCAACGACAUUCUUGGAAAAUCUGCAUCGAUAGAGAUUAUGACAGGUCUUUUACAUCCACCCAAGUGGGUUAAAGCAAGCUUAGAUGAAUUAAGACCCUGCGCAAUUUUUCAUUUUGAGUGGGAUUGGCCAAAAAGUGCCAAGUCUUUUUUAAUUUAUGGCAAUGAUGAAUGCAUUGGAAAUAAUAUCAAGAAAAACAAAUUCACAUUUUGUGAUGCAAAACCAACAGAAACCUACAGAAUUAAACUAUAUUCAAUGUGUGGAUCUAUCAAAAGUGAAUACCCUGUUACAACUUCUAUAACAGCAGAUGAUGUUCCAGGAAUAGAUUCAGAUUCUAUCAAAGUGAUAUUAGACGACACAAAACCUUGGGAAAAGGCAACAAUAUCAUGGAAAAUGCCUCCUGGGGUAGAACAUGUAUCAGUGGCUAUUAAGUCACAUCAUCUUCAGGUUGCUAGGAAUCGACUACAUUCUGUUUAUCACUCCAAAGCCAGUCCAUAUGUUGAAAUAAGACAGGAAAUUCACAAAAAAAACUCUGUUGAAUUUGUCAAGCUGAAUGAUGAAGGUAAAGAUUACCUGGUUGAAAUAUAUUCUAUGGUUGCAGGACGCAGGCAGCCGCUGCCAACAACAUCAAUCUUUAGAUUGGGGCUUAUGGCACCGUCUAACUUGAAGGUAUCGCUUGACAAAGUCAGUCCUUGGGCAGUGUUUCAUUUGAUAUGGGAUUGGCCGAAAGGUGCCAAGUCAUUCUCGGUGUAUGUUGAUUCUAGGAUCAUCGAAAAAGAUAUUAAGGAUAACAAAUUAAAAGUUAACGUUGCACAUCCUGCAAAACAAUAUCACAUUAAAUUACUUUCGCUCUGUGGAUCCAUUAGUAGCAGACACCCUGCGGAAAUUACUAUAAGUACAGCAACAAUAAGUUUGGUACAAGCAGACACCGUAAAGUGGGAACCAGAUUCUCAGAAACCUUGGGAAAAGGUCUUGAUGCGAUGGGAUCGGCCGCCACAAGUCGAAUGGUUCAAGAUAAAUAUUAGAAAUGUAUACGGUAGAACAGCUGUCACAAAAGAAAAUUAUCAUGAAAUUGCAGCCGAAUCUGAAAAUGUGGAUGUUAGUAUUUAUUCUGGCAUCGGUGAUGUCCAAAGUCCCACAGCAUUAUCAGUCAAGUACAUAAUGGCUGAAAUGCCAGAGAUAGAAUCGAAAUCUAUUAAAGUGGUGUUGGAUGAGGCAGAACCUGGAAAAAUUGCUACAAUAUCAUGGGAAAUGCCAGUGGGAAUAGACUUCGCUUCGGUGGAUAUACAGCCACGUGGUAAUAACCCACUCCCGGUCAGAUUGGGAAAAAAUGGUAAAAAAACAGAAGAAAACUUUGUAACGUUCAAGAGUAAUGGUGUUACUUCUGAAUACAAUGUCAAAAUAUAUGCCGAGGGAUCAACAAGAAAGCAGUCGAGUCCAGCUUCAACAACUGUUUUAAUGGGGCUAACUUCUGAUGAUAUCAACAAAAUACUCCAAAAAGAAUAUUCCAGCCCAUCCACUCACAAGAAAAACAUCAUGAUGCCUAUGAUUUCAGAAGACGUUCUUUUCCACUGA